CACCUUAAAACUUUAUCAAAAUUUAAAAUGUCAUCCACUUUAUUUCGUUUAAUGCGCUUAAUAACACUGAAACUUCAUAAGAUUCCCAUUACGCGACUUCUAAGAAACUCGAGCAAGAAUACAUGCGAUCGAGGUAAUAAGACCUCGAACAAUAAAAAUUUAUCGGUAGUUUUAAAGAAAGCGAAUGAAAUUAAACUGGAAGAAAGGCCUGUACCGGUUCCAAAUGAUAAUCAAGUUUUACUCCAAAUGGAAGUUGUAGGAAUUUGUGGUUACGACGUACAUUACUGGCUAAAGGGUAAAGUUGGCCCGUUUAAUUUAAAGAAUCCUAUAGUACUUGGACACGAAAGCUCCGGAAGCAUUUUAAAAUGUGGUUCUAAUGUUAAAUCUUUACAACCAGGUGACAGAGUUGCAAUAGAGCCUGGAGUACCUUGUCGGACGUGUGAAUUCUGCAAGACUGGAAGAUACCACUUAUGCCCGUUUAUUGCGUUCUGCGCUACGCCCCCUGUCGAUGGAAAUUUAUGUAGAUUCUUUUGCAUAGACGCUGAUUUCUGCCAUCGACUUCCUGAUCACGUGACUCUUGAAGAAGGAGCAUUGUGCGAGCCGUUAGCCGUAGGAAUCCACGCCAACAGGUUGGCGAAAAUAAAUUUGGGAUCAGUAUGUCUAGUUCAAGGAUCUGGCCCAGUUGGUAUGUGCACCGGUAUGGUAGCAAAAGCAUUUGGAGCUUCGAAGGUACUCAUCACAGAUAUAGAUGACCGCCGAUUGAAAAUGGCCAAAGAAAUUGGUGCUGCUGAUCUCGUUUUAAAUACCAGCAAAAUGAAAGAAAUGGAGGUAGCUGUUAAGAUUAUAGAGAUACUCAACGAAGAACCGCACGCAACAUUCGAAUGUGCUGGAACUGUUGUAUGUGCAAGGAUGGGUUUGCACGUAACUAAAGCUGGAGGAUUUGUCGUACUUUUGGGAAUGGGCGCUGAUGAAAUGUCCUUGCCCUUUUCAGCAUCUCUUGUAAAAGAAAUAACUAUAAUAGGAUCCUUCAGGUAUGCAAACGAUUAUCGAGAUGCUGUUGAGUUGCUACGAGCCAGAAAAGUGAAUAUAAAGCCGAUAGGCACUCAUCAUUUUAAACUAGAAGAUUCUGUAAAGGCUUUUGAGACGUAUAGAGAUAAAACGGGAUGUCCUAUUAAAAUAUUAGUGCAUUGUAAUCCGAAGUGGAAACCGAAUAAAUGUUGA